AUGAGAUUCUUAAGCCUCGCAGCCCUUGCAACUGCCGUCGUCGCACAGAACGACCUGGCUAGCAUCAUCGCUUCUCAGCCAGACCUCUCAACUCUGGCUGAACUUCUUGCUCUUGUGCCUGACAUUGCCGAGACUCUUGUGUCUGCAACAAACAUCACCAUCUUUGCUCCCACCAACAAGGCUUUCGAUUCUGUCCCCCGCGACAUUCCCGAGGGAGAGGCCAUCUCUCAGAAGAACGACACCAUUGCCAUUGGCGCUCUCCUCUCCAACCACGUCUUUAAGGGCUACUACCCUGCUAGUGUUGCUUCCGACAUUCCUGUCUUUGUACAGUCUCUUCUCGAUAGCAGCUUCGUCAACUAUCGCCAGCCUUUUGGGAACUUUACAGGUGGUCAGUACAAUGGCAUUGUGAAGGAUGGUGAUGAUGUUGUUGUCAUCUCUGGCGAGGAGACUUUGUCCUACGUGACUGAAGCAGACAUUAAAGUCGGUGACUCGGUUAUCGUCCACAAAGUUGACACAGUCCUCAGCUUUGGUGCCCCUCUGCAACUCUUCACCCGCCGCGACAACCUUCUCAACUUCAACGCCGCUGCCAACGCUGCCGAUCUAUCCUACAACCUUGGUAACAUUGGUUCUGACGAGUCUGGCCUUCUCAACAUUUCCGACUUUACCGUCUUUGUCCCCAACGACCCUGCCUUUGAGAAUAUUGGCUCAAUCCUCGAGGGCGCUGACCUUGAGACUCUGCAGCAGGUUCUCAAGUACCACUUUUUUGACGACGUCCUCUUCUCCACAGACCUGGCCAACGUCAGCGUUCCUUCUUUCCAGGGAGCUGACUUGACUUUUACUGUUGCUGAGGAUGGAAGUGCUUGGGUGAAUGGUGCCAAGAUUUUGUUUACCAACGUCCUCCUCUUCAACGGUGUUGCUCAUAUCAUUGAUACUGUCCUCAACCCUGCCGAUGCCCCCUUUGACCGCGCUGACAUCAAGCCCGCCGCCGAUGCCACCGACCGUCUGGCCUUCCCCUCUGCCACACCCGUCUCCAAGCUUCCCUUCUCCGUCAUCACCUAUGUCGGCGAGACUGGUACCUACACCACUCCUGAACUCCUCCGAACUCUCCAGGCCAUCGACGUUGACGCUCUCGCUACUGCCACCGCCACUGCUACCUCUGACGCUGGCGAGUCUGCUUCUACUCCUACUGAUGUCACCCCUGUUGUCAAUGGUGCCAACACCAAGGUUGCUGCUGGAGGAGCUGGUCUGUUUGCUCUUGUUGCUGCUAUGAUUAUGGCUUAG